AUGGUGGCUCAGCAGCUAAGCGGCAAUUCUCAAGAGGAUCCAGUGGAGACGACCAAGUCUCUGAUCUGUGCUCUCAAUUACAUCUCUCGCGACCUCCCUUUGCCUCCUCACCUCUUCGCCGCCGUUUCCUCAAUCUACCAUGGCGCCUCUUCUUCUCUCUCUCCAGACCGCCUCUCUCCGCCGCCUCCUUCGCCGCCUGGCAAUAAUUUAACUCCUUUUGGAGGUGAUUUGAUGGGUGAGUUCGAGGAUGCACUUUUGAAGCAGAGACCAAACUGUGAUUCGGGCUCUCGAUUGACUGAUUUACUUGAUACUCGGAAUAAGAGUCUUAUCCAACGCCGCUUAUCUGAACUUGAAGAAUUACCUUCCACUAGAGGCGAAGACUUGCAAGGAAAAUGCUUACUUGAGCUUUAUGGGCUGAAGCUACGAGAAUUGCAAGGCAAGGUUCGAGCCGAGGUGAGCUCGGAGUUCUGGCUACGUAUGAACUGUGCUGAUGUCAGUAGCCAACUAUUUGACUGGGGGAUGAUGCGGUUGCCUCGUCCAUUUUAUGGAGUUGGAGAUCCUUUUGCUAUGGAAGCUGAUGACCAGUUCAGAAAGAAGCGUGAUGCUGAGAGGUUAUCACGUUUAGAAGAAGAAGAGAAGAAUCUGAUUGAAACCGCCAAGAGGAAAUUCUUUGCAGAAGUACUUAAUGCAGUCCGUGAGUUCCAGUUGCAAAUUCAGGCGACUCAAAAACGCCGUAGGCAGAGAAAUGAUGGUGUGCAGGCGUGGCAUGGGAGACAAAGACAACGUGCAACGCGUGCUGAAAAAUUGAGGCUGAUGGCCCUUAAAUCUGAUGAUCAAGAGGCAUACAUGAAACUAGUAAAGGAGAGUAAGAACGAACGGCUAACCACUCUUCUAGAGGAGACUAACAAACUCCUUACUAAUUUGGGAGCUGCUGUUCAGCGUCAGAAAGAUGCUAAACUUCCGGAAGGCAUUGAUCUACUGAAAGACUCAGAAUCUGAUUUAUCUGAACUUGAUGCUCCAAGAAGUGAAGCAUUGCAGGAUCUACUUCCUGAUCAGGAUAUUGAUAUCACUGAAUCUGACAAUAAUGAUGACUCUAAUGAUUUACUUCAAGGCCAGAGGCAGUAUAACUCUGCUAUCCAUUCAAUACAAGAGAAGGUGUCGGAGCAGCCUUCCCUUCUACAAGGUGGGGAACUAAGAUCCUACCAGUUAGAAGGGCUCCAAUGGAUGGUUUCUUUAUUCAACAAUAACCUCAAUGGAAUUUUAGCUGAUGAGAUGGGUUUGGGAAAAACUAUCCAAACAAUUUCGUUGAUUGCUUAUCUUCUGGAGAAUAAAGGUGUGCCUGGGCCUUAUCUGAUAGUGGCUCCAAAAGCUGUGCUACCAAACUGGGUAAAUGAGUUUGCUACAUGGGUACCAAGCAUCGCAGCUUUCCUAUAUGAUGGACGUUUAGAGGAAAGAAAAGCAAUAAGGGAAAAGAUUGCUGGAGAAGGAAAAUUCAAUGUGUUGAUAACACACUAUGAUCUUAUCAUGAGAGAUAAAGCAUUUUUGAAGAAAAUUGACUGGUACUACAUGAUUGUUGAUGAAGGACAUAGGCUGAAGAACCACGAAUCUGCUCUCGCCAAGACUCUACUAACAGGCUAUCGGAUAAAACGCAGACUUCUUUUAACGGGGACACCCAUACAGAACAGCCUUCAAGAACUAUGGUCAUUGCUUAAUUUUCUCCUUCCUCACAUUUUCAACUCGGUUCAGAACUUCGAGGAAUGGUUUAAUGCUCCUUUCGCUGAUCGUGCUAAUGUCAGUCUUACCGAUGAAGAGGAGUUGUUAAUUAUCCACCGUCUGCAUCAUGUUAUAAGACCGUUUAUACUGAGAAGGAAAAAGGACGAAGUAGAGAAAUUCCUUCCUGGAAAGACACAGGUCAUACUGAAGUGUGAUAUGUCGGCGUGGCAGAAAGUGUAUUACAAACAAGUUACAGACAUGGGCAGGGUUGGCCUUCAAACAGGAUCUGGGAAAUCAAAGAGUCUGCAAAAUCUUACGAUGCAGUUACGAAAGUGUUGUAACCAUCCCUAUCUAUUUGUUGGAGGAGAGUACAACAUGUGGAAGAAACCAGAGAUUGUGAGAGCUUCAGGGAAAUUUGAGCUCCUUGAUCGCCUCCUUCCAAAACUUCGCAAGGCCGGGCAUAGAAUUCUUCUCUUCUCCCAGAUGACCCGUCUCAUUGAUGUUCUCGAGAUUUAUUUGACACUUAAUGAUUUCAAGUACCUCAGGCUCGAUGGUACCACAAAGACAGAUCAAAGAGGGCUUUUACUGAAGCAAUUCAACGAGCCAGACUCUCCCUACUUCAUGUUUCUUCUGAGCACGCGUGCCGGAGGUCUCGGUUUGAACUUGCAGACUGCAGACACUGUUAUUAUCUUUGACAGUGAUUGGAACCCACAAAUGGACCAACAGGCCGAGGAUCGAGCCCAUCGCAUAGGACAGAAGAAGGAAGUCAGAGUGUUUGUUUUAGUUAGCGUUGGUUCGAUUGAAGAAGUGAUAUUGGAGCGUGCAAAGCAAAAGAUGGGCAUUGAUGCCAAAGUCAUACAAGCUGGACUAUUCAACACAACUUCCACGGCACAAGACAGAAGAGAGAUGCUUGAAGAGAUCAUGCGCAAAGGAACAAGCUCACUCGGGACCGAUGUCCCCAGUGAGAGAGAAAUAAACCGGCUCGCGGCUCGUAGCGAGGAUGAAUUUUGGAUGUUUGAGCGAAUGGAUGAGGAGAGACGAAGAAAGGAGAAUUACAGAGCCCGUCUGAUGCAAGAGCAGGAAGUCCCUGAGUGGGCAUACACUACACAGAACCAAGAUGACAAGUCGAACAGCUCAAAAUACCAUUUUGGGAGUGUCACAGGUAAGCGAAAACGUAAAGAAAUCGUUUAUAGCGACUCACUAAGCGAGGUACAGUGGAUGAAAGCCGUGGAGAGUGGAGAAGACAUGUCAAAUAUCUCUAUAAAACAGAGGAGAGAGGGGAACUCAAGCAAUAAGAGAACACCAACGAGUAAAAAAGCGAUAGAACCUAUCCAAACGGUGAGUGAUGGGACGAGCGAGGAGGAGGAAGAAGAGGAGGAAGAAGAAGAAGGAGCAAAGGAGAUGAGUAGGAAACAGAGAGUAGAGAAGUCUGAAGAAGAAGAAGAAGAUGAAGAAGGAGAAGAGAAUGAUGGAAAGGCAAUAUUCAAGUGGAGUACUCAUAAGAAGAAAAGGUCGAGAUACUCUUUUACCUGUUCCUCAUCUGACUCUAGAGCUCAAAGUUCCAAUGGAAGUAGAAGAAAGUGA